UGUUUGUUUGGGAUUCGUGUGGGUAGAAGAUUUGGGGGGUAAGGAAAGACUGCUGCGAAGGAGGAAGAAGAGAACGCAGCAGCUUCUCCCUGACUGAGCAGUCACCAAUCCAUAACAGAACUGAGAGGCAGCGAUAGAGAAUUAGAGAGAGGGAGUGGAGAUUAUGGCAUCGUUGUGUCUUUCGGUGCCUAUCGCUUCAAAUUCGAGAGCAGUUGCUUCAUCAGCAACAUCGAUGUCGUCAGUGAAUUAUUGCGUCGUCUCGCCGAUGCUAGGUCGAUGCACUCUUGUUUCUAUGCCAUUGAUGGUAUCUCGAAGGAGAGUGAUGAGCUCCCAUAGGAAUCAGGUUGUUUGCAUGGCUCCCGAAGAAGAGAAGAUGACUCGACGCUCUCCUCUCGAUUUCCCCAUCGAGUGGGAGAGGCCAAAGCCUGGGCGUAGACCUGAUAUAUUCCCCCAAUUCAGUCCAAUGAAAACACCACUACCUCCUCCAUUGCCUGCAGAUCCUCCUGAAGAAGACGAGGAAGAGGAAGAAAAGAAAGAGGAAGAAGAGGAGGAUCCUGAGAAGGAUGAUCCUGAUAAUCCAGAAAAACAGUGAUGUAAUUCAGAGUGGUCAGGUUGGGAUCUUCUUCAUCAUCAAUUACUCAAUGUGACAUUUGCAGAGGGUAAUAGGUGGUGCUGAAUGUAUAAGAGAAUGUCAUUUUUGGUGUCUCAAGGCUAAAAUUUUAGAGGCUAUAGGUUGCUGCACUGUUCAGCUAGGUUUUUUCUUUCCUCCUUUGAAAACGAGGUGACCAACUUCGUAGUGGUUUUUGUUCUCUUGUAGCUGUGUUUUAGAAAGUAAUUUAUGAUACAUUCAAAGUAUUAUGAAAUACAGUUACCUGUCAGUGACUCCGUGUACAAUUGUACGGAUUUCUGCAGGCUUGGAGAUUAGAUUAACUCUUGUA